GUAAAUCAGUGGAAGUCAAAUCUUUAAUCUGAUCACAUUAUGUUUCUACUUGUAUUGUUGCUUGCUAGCUGUGCCUCUACGGUGAUGAUGAAUCAAUUAUCUAGAUCAUCUAGGGAAAACAUGAAGCCUAGUUGGGAAGAAAUCAACAUUAUAGAUGAUGAUGACAGGGAACAAGCUGGUGGAAACAUUCAGAACACUGAUCCUUGUUACUACGUGGCCAGAGUUGUGGAAACAAAAUUAAGCUUUGAAAAUGUACCCAGAGAAAUAUCAGAUGAAGAAUUAGCCAACUGGCUGGAAAAACAACCCGAGGAGAUAUUUUACAAGAUUAAGUGCCCUUCUGAUAAAAAACGUUCCAAUGAAAAUGACAAAACAAGAAAAUUUAAUCCGAGUAGGCCAAAUUCUUUAGACUCAAUGCGCAUUAAUACUGGUCCUUCUGACGAAGAAAAAGGAACUGACUAUUUUGAUGCUGAGGAUUUUUGGGCUGAACAGGAUCGCGAAGAGAUCAGAGAAGCCAAAGCUCUAAAAGAACUGGCGAAGAACCAAGCUAAAACCCGUGCUAAAAUGAUAAAAGGUCUGAAACCAGGAGCUUGCUACAGGGUUGAUGAACAAGGUCGGGUUGUAAAGGGAUCGAAAGGCGAGGUUAUAAACAAGUGCGGUCCUGGAUUCAAAUGUGAACUAGCUUGUCGAACAUGCGGAAUUUUCAAGGGUGCCAAGCCCCUUAAGGGUACAAAAGGUGUCAACCCAUGGGAGAUGAAGUGCAUUAAGAUCAGCAAAUGAUCAGCUGGAGAGAAUAGAAUGCAGAUCAAUCCUCCAAAAAUAUUAUUAAAAUUCAUUAAUUCAUGGUUUUUUUCAUCUAAUCUAUCAACUGUUUAAUAUCAAAUAAAAUUGGCAGUCAAGAUUUAAAAA